CUCUCUUCUGGUGGCCCGCCCUCCCUCCUCCCCCUCCCUCCCCUCCCCACCCCCUCUCCCCUCCUAUCUGGGCCUGCGCGCGCGCAUCUUCCUCCUGCACGCGCCGCCGCUAGACAAGCACUGUCGCAGGAGCCUCUGGCCCGCGCGUUCCUCUUCCUCUCUGGCUGUGGGGCGAGCGGGACCCUGCACCGCCGUCGCGGCGGCAGCGGCAUCCCGGGCGGUGUCGGGCGGCGGCAGCGGCGCGCGAUCCCUCCGGCGGACCGUACCACCGCUCGCCAGCACGCGGGGGGAGCCGCACGCCCCGCCGCACACGCCUCGGCGACCCCGCGGGGCUGAGGCGUCGCCGCGCCCGGCAGCGUGAGCGCAGAGCCGGCCUCGACCCAGAGCUCGGAGACCCGAGGGCCGCGCACGCCGCCGGCCCCACCCAUCCGGGCCGAGGAGGCCGCGGCAAUGGCCGAGACAGAGGAGCGGAGCCUGGACAACUUCUUCGCCAAGAGGGACAAGAAGAAGAAGAAGGAGCGGAGCAGCCGGGCGGCGAGCGCCGCGGGCGCGGCGGGCAGCGCCGGCGGGAGCAGCGGAGCCGCGGGUGCGGCGGGCAGCGGGGCUGGCGCGGGGCCCCGGCCGGGAGACGGCGGGACCGCGAGCGCGGGGACCGCCGGCCCCGGGGCCGCUACCAAGGCUAUGACGAAGGAUGAAGAUGAAUGGAAAGAAUUUGAGCAAAAAGAGGUUGAUUACAGUGGCCUCAGAGUUCAGGCAAUGCAAAUAAGUGAAAAGGAAGAAGAAGAUAAUGAAAAGAGAGAAGAUCCAGGUGAUAACUGGGAAGAAGGUGGAGGAGGAGGUGGUGGUAUAGAAAAGUCUUCAGGUCCCUGGAAUAAAACAGCUCCGGUACAAGCACCUCCUGCUCCAAUAAUUGUUACAGAAACCCCAGAACCGGCAAUGACUAGUGGUGUGUAUAGGCCUCCUGGGGCCAGGUUAACCACAACAAGAAAAACACCACAAGGACCACCAGAAAUAUACAGCGAUACACAGUUCCCAUCCCUUCAGUCAACUGCCAAGCAUGUAGAAAGCCGGAAAUACUGAGCCUUCGUAAGGGUUGACUACCUCAGAUUUGCUGCACUCAUUGUGGACUUCAUGUGGAUCACAACUUCUGGAUAAGAAGGUUUACAGCUAUUAAUUGUCGACGUGAACCUUUAAACCAGCUCUACUGGAUUCCUGUCAGAAAUCCUGCAGAAAGUCAGCCAUCUGGGUUCUGAUCUGCUGUAAAAGAUGAAGAUUUAAGUGACCUUAAUUAACCUGUCCUGUGCCCCACCCUUAAGGAAUACUCUCUAGUAGGCUGUGGCUAUAUUAGACUUCCUGGAACACGCUGAUCUCAAAAGAACUGAUCUGUUCAGAUCAUCUGUGUAGGGCUGUGAUUUGUAAUUUAAACUUUUAGUUGUGUUCUGAGGUAACCACAAAAUAAAUUCCACCAAACUUUGGUCCUCCAAGUGGGAAAGGGGGUGGGGGAGAGAAUAAUCUUGUUUCUCUUAGUAAUUUUUUAUUUGGAUAGUGCUUUUUCUUUGUUCCACAUUAAGGCCUUUUUUGCUUUGACUUGAAGUAAGUUCUUUGACAGAGCAUAUUGCUUGGUUAAGUAAGUAACCUGAAGUAUGCAUUAGAAUUGUGAAAUGUCUUGUGAAUUUGCCAAUCCGAGAGUAGAACCAAAUAGCCUUUGAUGUAAAGGGCAGUGGAUGCCAGAGGCUCUACUUCAGGUGCUGCUAAAGCCUCCUCUAAUCAGGUCUAAGAUGUGUACUAAACUGCAGUGGAAAGAGUGUGGUUUCUGCUCAGGCUAAGGGAUUCACUGACCUGUCCUUACAAAUUCAAAGCAAUGUAAGCAAAAAACCUCAGCUAAAACCCAUGUAAGUUAAAGGGAUCAUGCAUGAUCUUUAAGAAUUCUAUAUAGGCCGGGCGCGGUGGCUCACGCCUGUAAUCCUAGCACUCUGGGAGGCCGAGGCGGGUGGAUCCCUUGAGCUC